CCCCCCAAUUCCGGGGCUUGCCUCUGCCAUGCCCCACCUCCGCCUAGUCUGCCCUCACUGCUGGCCUUCCCCUUCUGUCCAUGCCCGCCCCUGUCUUUCCCCCACCCCUCGACAAUUACCAUUUGCACCCCUACCUCUGCUGGCCCAGCUGCUGCCUCUCCCUCACCCCAUCCAAUCCCCUGAAAGGGACCUGAUUAUUUGAGAAGGGGUGGGAAAUGAUACUAGAUUCCUUUCCUAGUUUUAUCCGUGGGUGGAAAGCCCAGUGUCAGUUCCCUAGGAUUUGAGGCCUAUUGGGAAUCUUUGCCAGUCGUGCCUUGUUUAACUGGGCAUUGGUUUGGUUCUGUUCCCUAGUUGCACAGCCCCAUUGGGUCAGUUCUCCAAUAUCUUUAUGGACAGUCAGUGUCAGUCUUAUUCGAAUGACUGUAGAAGCAGUGUCCCACUCAAGCCUCAGAAGUAGAUACUCUUCUCAGAGUUGAGGGUGGGGGAAGGGUGUUAGAGGUGUUUUUUGUUGUUGUUUUGACUACCUUAUAAGCACCUAGCUGGCUGGAUAGUUCAGAUCAGCCAUGGAAACUAGUUUAACAGUCGAUUUAGCAAGGAAGAGCCUGGGAGGCCCUUUUUCUUCUUUCCAACAGAUAUCCUCACUCCCCAUUUUAGGCUGGCCCCUGAGCCUUAAACCAUAGAGCACCUGGUAGAGAGUGUGACAGUCACUCCCCGGGUCUACAGCUGCAAAUCUUGGGUAAUUUUCUGGAAUCUUAAAUUUUUUGGAAUGGUGAGCAUGUGUUUGGUGGGGGGAAGGAGUUGAAUUUUCCAUUAUUUGGAACUCAUAGCAUUUCCAACAUUCCUUAACAAAUCUUUCCCCUCACAGGAUAGUUUUGACAUUCUAGGGUUUGACUAUAUUUACUAAAGUGAGAGAAGCUUGGGAUGCAAACUAUAUUCAGAUGGGGUAGGGUAAGUUACAGCUUACCAAUGACAGAUUACUCAUUUAAUUUGUCAGGGAUUUAAAACUUUAAACAGUUUUUGUUUAACUGGUUUUCUCUGUUGUAACUCCCCUUCUAUUUAGCAGACCUUUUAAAAUAAGCUAAUCUCUGGGGCCACUGCCUUUUCUUAUUAAUUCACCUUUCGCCUCUUUCCAUGACCUGUUUCAGUCUCAGUCCCCAAGAUACCAGGAGAAACAGGAUUAUCUUCUGGCUGUCAAACCAUCAGUUCAGCCAUGUUAUUGUGGAAAGAGAACUAGAUUGGCCAUCAGAUCUCAGUAUUAUCCCCUACCCUGCCAUUAAUUCACUUCAUGUCCUUAACCAUGUUGCUUAGCCUCUCUGAACCUUUUUCCUUAUUUAUAAAAUGAAUUGAACUAGCUGAUAUAUAAUAUCCUAUUUGUACGGCAUCAUAGAUCUUGAGCUCCCUUAGAGAUCUAUAUUGUUCAGCCUGAAGCUCUAAAAGUCCAUGCUUCUGCUUCACGGAAACUUACUGAUUUCUUCCCAAGGUUCCAGACAUUUACCAUGUUACUCACUUCUCCUGAGCUGAACAUUGUGUCUUGGUUACAUCCUAGAUUCACCCAUCCACUCUACUCCAGGUUCAUUCUUUCUCUGAGCCUACAAGAUAUAUCUUAAAAAUCCCAUUAUCAAAACUACUUUCACCUCCCCUGCUGUAUGGUGCCUAUAUACCUUGGAGAUACCAACCUCCCAUCAGAAAUCACCACAUUCUUUUGGUUGCUUUUAGCAAAAUAUUUGCCAAGAAAGCCUCAUUUAACUCUUAAACACAUCUCACUGUGAAGUUGCAUAAUUACUUUUCCACCAUUCACCCUUGCAUGUAUACUUGCAUGCAUUUAUACUUUAUUUAUAUUUAUACACUUUGGCCUGUCCAGCUUAGAGCUCCUAUCCUUCUGUAUAAUAAUUUAGGAGUAGGAAGGUAUUCAAUACAGAGAAUGUCCUUAAGUCAAGAUUCCCCUAAUCAGUCCCAGCCCUUAAAGAGAAAGUGUCUCCUUAGUCAAGUGCUGUGGUAUCAUAGGAUGUUGUUGGUGCCACCUGACUCCUCUUUCCAUAUCCUUAUCCCAGAACAGAGGGAACUAUGGAAGUUUCAAUACCCAAUCCUUAUAUCUCCUCUCUAGGCAUUACUUCUAGGAGCAGCUAGGUGGCACAGUAGAAAGAGCACCAUACCUGGAGUCAGGAAGACCUGAGUUUAAAAUCUGGCCCUAGCUUUGUAACCUUUGGCAAUUUGCUUUAAUUUCUGUUUGCAUCAGUUUUCUCAUCUGUAAAAUACUGGUAAUAAUAACACCUACCUCCUAGGGUCAUUGUGAGGAUCGAAUGAGGUGAUAAUUUUAAGGUGCUAAGCAUAGUGUGAAGCACACAGUAAAUGCUAUCUAAAUGUUGUUAUCCUACAAUGCCACCGAGGGCUGUAGACAUCAGAAUCAGAGUGGUCUUGACAUAGGAAAAUUGGGGAAAAGGUGGAGGUCACAGAAGCCUCAAGAAAAUCAACUAAUUGUGAUUACGGCCACUUUAUAAAACUACCCAUCCCAAGAAGACUUGAAUUACUUAGUUUUCAUUAAGGCCUUCAGCCUUCCAUGAUUUUCUAGGGCAGCCUGUAAGAACUGCUGUAGGAACUGCUACCUGUUCCAUUAAUCUUUAGCAUUAAGCUGAGAGAGAAGCUUCCUAGAAUCACUUGUCUCCUCAUCUGCUCUGGUCAUCCAGUUCAAAUAGAAAAUGCUUACUCCCCAGCAUUCUCCACCCAUAAAGCCACAAUUUUGGUUUAGGCCUUUAUGACCCAAUCUAGAUUGUUGGCAGUAUCUUCUUAUUUGGUCUUUGUGCUUCUAGCCUCCCCUUCAAUCCAUCCUCCACAAAGCUGCAAAAUUACUCUUUCUAAAACAAAUACCACCUCAACUCAGAACUCAGCAGUGGUUCUCCAUUUUCUCCAAGAUGGAGUACAGACUACUUUUUGGCCUUAGAUCCCCUUUUAAGUGUGUUUCCUAUCUUCAUUUCUGGUGUUUCACAUUUAACUCUUUAUGCAUCUCCUCUCCAUACAGGUGGUCUGCCAAAAUACACUCCCUAUUCACUUCUACCUAACUUGCUUCAUCGUGUACUCAAUCAGGUGCCACCUAUAGUGAUGCCCUUCUUUUUUCUCCCUGAAAACCUAGUUAAAAUUCUCUAUUAAAACUAUUUUGUAUAAUCUUUAUAUUUACUUGUCUUGAAUCCUCUAGCAAGAUAAGUAUCCUGAGAGUGGGAUAUUUGUUUUUGUCUUUAUAUCCUCUAGGACUUAGCACAGUGCCUUGCAUGUGGUAGAUACCUAAAUGUAUGUUGAAUUGAAUUCUAAGAUCUUACACUGGACCUUGAGAAAUGUAGUAUGAUAAAUAAGCUACUCUUCUUUCUGUCUAGAAGCAUUGGUCUUAUAGGGAAAUAGGAAAGGAUAAAAUUAGCAAUAAUACACAUUAGGUUGUAGGACAGGUGCAAAGCACCAUCCAUGUGGUUGCAGCCUUGUACCCAUGAUAUGAAUGACAUAUGGUUGUUUCUUCUUUGGACACCAGUCAUUAUGGAGUAGAAACUACAAAAUCUGUUCACAAAUUCUGUGGGUUGUAUGCUUACCAUAUAUUAACCUUACCCCUGAGAAAAAAUACUAGGAAACAGCCAAGAAUGUGUUGGUUCCAAAGUAGAUUGAGAUUAAUGAUUAUACAUUAAUUCUAAAGGCAAAACAAAUGUGUUAGUAACAUGGUAGCCAUUUAUGAAAUUAAAAUGUAAACAUUGGGUCAGUAGUUCAUAAGUUUCAUGACAAUUGGAACCACGAGCAUCAUCGAACAGACACUAGAUGAGUUAAAAAAAUUAUCAGUAAAAAUACUUAAUAGAAACUUGAUAGUUAUUGGGGGGGGGGGACCCUAGGGAUAUUGGUAACCAAUCUUGACUCCGUAGAUGAUCAAAUUCAUCUGCCCUCCUCAGAGCAUGUUCACUGAGAAGUGAGAUCAUAGGCUACAUUAAAGAAGUGUGUCAUAUUGUUUCUAAUAAAAGAAAAAAUAGCCAAAGCAAAAUUAGGAAAAACUAGUAUUGGAUUAAAAAUGGUUUUUAGCUUUAAUUAGGAUCAGUGGUUAGAAGUUUCAGAAAGUAAAUGUGACUCAGUGUAAAGAAAUUGAUAAUAAUUAUAGCUAUCCAAAAUGGGAAAAGCUACCCCAUAAGAUUGGGUUUCCUGUUAUUGAAAGAAUUAAGUCUAGGGUUGGAUAACUUUGUUGAGAUAGUGAACAUCUUUAUGUAAAGGUUGGUAUUAGACUAGGAAGCCUCAUAUCCACUCCAACCUCUGAUCUUAAGAAUUUCUUCUAUAAUAUUCAUUGCUUUUGACAAUCCAUGCUCCAUUAUUUUUACCUCUAAUAAAAGAUUUAGACCAGGAAGAGAUCUUAUUUAAUAGGUAAAACUGAACCCUGGAAAAGUUGAAUAACUUACCUGAUAGCAUAAAGAAGGAAUAGUAAUAACUAAUAUUUAUGUGGUACUUUAAGUUUGCAGUGUACUUUCCAUACAUCUCUUUUGAUCUUUACAACAACACUGAGAUGUGACUACAUUUUACUGACAAAAACACGGUUCAAAGUGAUUGUGACUUAAAAAAGGCACACAGUGUCUUUAGUAGGAUUUUGAACCCAGGUUCCCCUAUUCCAAAUCCAGCUCUUGUUUCUCUUAACAAAUAGCAGAGCCAGGAUUUAAUGCCAAAGCUUCUUACUGGCCCAAGCUGUAUUCAUAAUCUAAACUAUUAUAUUCUUCAUUAUCAAAUAACUUCUCUAUGGCAGGGCUAUUCAGUAACAGAUUAGAUGCUCAUUGCAAUUAUUCUGCAUCUCUCCUACCACCAACUAUCAUCAGCCCUUUUUUUGGUUUCAGUUAACUUUUGAAGGCUUUGAUUUAACCUUAGUUACCCAUAGACCUUGGCAGACACUAGUAGGCUGCAAAAAUAUCAUAUGUAGGCCAGAACAUCCCACCUGAGAAUCAGCCUAACUACAUUCAGAGAAGCCCUUCUAUAUAUUGGCCUAAGGAUGGUGGGGUUUUCUAACACAGCAUUUCUCAGGAAGUUACUACUAAAUUAUAGAAAGGCUGUGAUCCAAAAAUGGAGUAUUUUUACCCACAAAAUUCCUAAAUGCAUUCAUUGCUUGCUUGUAACAUCUUUCCUCUGAUAUAUAAGGCCUAUGUGUGAAACACUGGGCUGGACUCCCUAUUCUUUUUUAUGUCAGCUGAUCCCAGAACUGGAUAUCUUCUUUCUCUUCUGCUUUUAAGUGAUCUUUUCCCCCAUCCUCUGCACAUCUAAUCCAGGGAGGACAAUCCAAGUCAGGAUUGAUUGUUAUAUUGAUCUGAGUUGAGACUGUCUUUUAGUAACAACCUUUUAGUAUUUUAUUUUUGUUUACAUUGUUGUGGGCUUUGUGUGUAUUCUCUUGGUUCUGCCUAUGUUACUAUACAAGUCUCCAUAACUUUUCCAAUAAUUCAUAUUUAUUGGAUUUUUUUUGCCUAAUAACUUUGUGUUGGAGGCUUAGAGGAUAGAAUGCUGGGUCUGGAAUCAGGGAGGCCUGAGUUCAAAUCUGGCCUCAGAAACUUACUAGAUUUGACUAUAGGCAAAUCCCUUAAUCUCUGUUUAAUUCACUGGAGUAGGACAUGGGAAACCACUCCAGAAUCUUUGCCCAAAAACUUCAUAAAUGGUAUUGGCUUGCUCUGGUCCACGUGGUCAUGAGGAGUCAAGACACAGCUGAUUAACAGCAGCAAUUUUGUGUCACAUUUAUUUGCCACAGCCAUUCCCUAAUCCACAGGCAUUACUCCUUUUAGGUUUUUCUUUCCACAAAAAGUGCUGCUAUAAAUAUUGUGGAAUCUGUCAUUUUAUUUUUUGUCUUUGAUUUCUUGGUAAUAUAUGCUGAGUAAUGAGAUUCCUAGCUCAAAGAGUAUGAAGUUAGUUGGACCAAUUCAUAUCUUCACCAAAGAGAAUUAGUGUUUUUAUGUAGCUACAACCCCUAUAAUAGGAACUGUUUCUAUUUCUUACUAAUUUGAUGGGUAUAAGGCAAAAUCUCAGCCUUAUUUUUAAUUUCAUUUUUUAUAUUGCUUAGAACGUUUUCUCAUGAUUGUUGAGAAUCUGUACUUCUUAAAAGUUAUUUGUUCAUAUAUUUUGACAUCAGAAUUGCUUUUGGAUGCAUAUAUGUACAUAUAUACACAUACUUAUAUGUACAUAUGCAUGCAUAGAUUUGUAUCAAUUCCCUAUGUAUCUUGGAUAGAGAAACAUGUAUCAGAUGUUUGAUAUGAAUUUUUUUCUCUGAUUUUCUACUUCAUUUGGUUAUGCAUAAGUAUUUUAAUCUUGUAUAAUUAAAUUUUCAGUUUUAUUUAUUUUUGUGUGAUAUCUCUCACUUUGAUUAUGAACUUUCCUCACAACCUUAAUUCUUUUUUUUUUUUAACCCUUCCUUACCUUAUGUCUUGGAGUCAAUACUGUGUCUUGGUUCCAAGGCAGAAGCAUGGGAAGGGCUAGGCAAUGGGGGUUAAGUGACUUGCCCAGGAUCACACAGCUGGGAAGUGUCUGAGGCCAGAGUUGAACCUAGGACCUUCUGUCUCUAGGCCUGGCUCUCAAUCCACUGAGCUACUCAGCUUCCCCUGUACAACCUUAAUUCUAAAAGGUGCCUUCUAGGCAACUUAAGUGGUGUAGUUGUUAGAGUGCUGGGGAGUCAAAAAGACUUAGACCCUAGCUUCUGACUCAAGGCAUUUAAGCUUUUUCUGCCUCUGUUUCCUCUUCUGUAAAAUGAUGAUAACAAUAGCAUCUACAUUCCAGGAUUGUUAGAGGAUAAAAUGAUCCAAUAUUUAUAAAGUGCUUUGUAAACCUUAAAAUGCUAUAUAAAUAAUAGCUAUUAUCCUGGAUUUUUUUAGUAUGAACUUUAUAUUAAGGCUAGUUAAUAGAUAUUUGAAAGUUAUUUGAGUUUCAGAUUUGUUCAUUAGAAACCUAGCUUCCAAUUGGGUAUUAAAACAGUGAUGGUACAGUGAAUGAAUUUUUAUUCCCAACCUCUUCCCAUCUUUUCUCAGCCAGCUUGGACUUUCCUCCAUUCAUAUAUUCAUAGUCCCUUUCCUUUAAGUCUACUUGGUUCUUGCAUUGUUAGCUAUCCUCCAUUCCCAUAGAGGCCAGGAUUGACAGCCCUUCAUGCGAUACCUUCAGCCUAUGGAUCAUGGAAUUUACCCUAAAUGUUCUUUGGGAAGUUUAUUUUUCUGGAACCAUAAGACAAACAUGAGUAAUUUGUGAUAUACCCAGAGGAGGAGGGCUAGAAAUUAGAGAACUAAAAACCAUUUGAUAUGAAAAUCAUUCAAAGAAACUAGGAAUGUUUACAUUGGGGAAGAGAAGAUUUAGAGAGGACAUGAUAGUUGCCUUUGAGUAUUUGAAAGGUUGUAUGUGGAAAAGAAAUUAGAAUUGUUUUGCUUUGGCACACUGAUCAGAGCUAGGAACAAUAGUUAGUAUUUGCAAAGAAGAAAAUUUCAGUUUGGUAUAAAGAACAGCUUAUUAAUGUUUAGGAUAAUAUAAUGUGGAGCUAGAAGGGUUAUUUGGCCAUCACCUAAACAUCAUCUCCUACCUCUUUUUUGAUGUAGUCUCAGAUGAUGAAAUAGCUUUCCUCCUUGCUAACAUCACUUCUGUUUGUGAUAUUGAACCCAACCCUGUCGUCUCUUCUAAAAACUUGCUCAAAAUGACUCUGAAAUCUACAUACCCAGCCUUUUAUUUGCUAGGAUUAUUUACAAAGAUCUUGGUGAGGCAGUUCCAGGACUUCUGUGCAGCUUACAUGUUUGUAUUCUCUUGUGCUGAGGAUACAAAGAUAAAAUGAAAACAAUCCAUGCCCUCAAGAACCUUACUUUCCAUGUUGGAUAAUAUUCAUGCUUCUGUUUGUUGUUUAAAGCCCUUCCUUCACAAUCUGGCUCCAGCUUGCUCCUAACACAUUAGUUCCCUCUCCAUACACUUUGCAUCUGUAGUGUACAGCAUGCUAUCACCUUCCUUAAUACCUUUGUCCAAAUCUCCUCCCCUCCCCCACCUUUACUGUGUCUCCCCGCCUUUUAAUGCUCAAUCCCCGUUAAAAAUCAGUUCGAGUUCUGUAUCUUUCAAGAGGACCCUCCUGAUUUCCCCUUCCUUUCCCAUUGCUGAGAUUUUAUUUUAUUUAUAUACUCUGUGUAUAUGAGGUAUAUGUGUAUAUGUAAGCAUGUUGCAUUCCCCAAGCAGAAUGUAAGCUCAUUAAGGGCAAGAAUCGUUUCACUGUUUUAUCCCCAGCACAGUGCCUGGUAUGUAGUAAGUGCUUAAUGCUUAUUGAUUAAAUGAUGUGUUUUCAGCUCCUUCAUUUUACAGAUGAGGAAUCGUACACCUAACGACUGACUUGGAUACAAUUACUUGCCUGGAAGAGAGCUAGAAUCUGAACCCAAGUUCUAUGAUGCCAAAUCCAGUCCUGUUUCCAGUACUCAAUUUUCAUCUUGCCAAUUUCUUGGAGCUGCCCCAAAGUGGAAACUGCUAUCUCAGGGGGUAGUGUCUGGAAGUCAUCAAGCAAAGAGAGGCUGAAUAGCCACAUCAAUGAUAUAAAGAGGAGAUUCCUAUUGAGGCAGCCUUUGAUAAGAAGGGAAGGAAAAACCCUUCCAAUCCUGAGGUUCUAAGACUUAUCAGUCCAAAAAGAGCUGGUACCAUCUUUAAAUUUUUAAAAACAAGAAUUGCAUUUCUAGUUCAAAUAUUUAACAUUUACAUUUGUCUAAUUCUUUUCUCUUCCCUUAGGAUUUUUCUACCCUAGUCGCAACCCCCCAGCAGUGUCAGCACACAGGAAUUUUAUGGCCAACUGUUCACAAUCCCCUCAGCCUCACAUGACUUGGCCACACAAUCAGCUCUUGCUUUUUUUGUUCUUUUAUACUUAUCUCCUUAAAUUUCUCUACCCAUCUCCUUUUUGAAAAAAAAUUUUUUUAAUUUCUUUUUUUGUCAUUGCAAGUCUUUGCCUGCUAGUUCAGGUACUGUUUUAAUUUAUCCUCACCUCAAAUGCUAUCAUGUUAAAUCCAAUAAAGAAUAAAUAAAAAAAUAAAACAAAAAUUGUAUUGGAUAAAAAAUACUUUGAACCAUAAAAUGUUAGAGUUGGAGAUGACUUUAGAUCAUCUACUUCAGCUUAUUCACUUGACAGAUGAGAUCUAAAGAGAAGAUGUGACUUGUCCAAAAUUAUACAAUGAGUUAGUGUCCAAAGAAAAGGCCACAAGUCCUGUGAUUUCCUGUUUACACCAUCUCUUACAGGUUGUGUUUAGUUUUGCAAGUUAUAUGUAUAUUGUUUAUAGCUAGAUAUUGCUCUGUAAAUACAUAUUACCUUGUGUUUUAUUUACAUAUGUAUACACUUGUACACAUACAUAUGUAUGUAUGGCUAUACUUCUCUAUAUAGAUAUGUGUGUAUAUGUAUAUAUACACAUUCUAAUUAGGCUUGUGAUUUUAUUGGUACAGAAGAAAGCAACUCUCAGUUAAGAAACUUCUCUCUACUAAUAUAGACCUGCAUGUGCUCUACAGCUUCAUCUUGGAACUAUCUGGGAGCACUGAGGGAUCAAAUGAGUUGCACAGGGAUAUCUAUAAGUAGUAUGUGUCAGAGAUGAGGCUUGAAAGUAGACCUUUCUGACCAAAGCCAGCUCUAACCCCCAGGCACUAUCACUUCAUAUAAAUUAAUCAGUUCCCUUUAAUUUAUUAUUAUCUUUUGGGUUAGAGCUUUCCUGAUUCCUGAAGAAUUUGUAUCUUUGGCUCAUCCCUGGGAUUGUCAAAAGAAAAUGCUUGUGUCACCAGAUCCCCAUGAUGUGGUAACUAAAUCCAGUGCAAGUUUAAAGACUUGGACUUUUGACUACAGAACCUAUUUUCCCUUGGGAGAAAUCCCUUCUACAGGUUUCCAGUCAGAUUGAGAAAUGGCAGUGUGAACUCUUGCUGAAAUUAGGCUAACUAAAGCCAGAUAAUGACUACAAUGCUAGAGCCAGAGGACCAAGAUCUUUGGGAAGAGGAAGGAAUCUUUCUGGUGAAGCUGGAAGAUGAUUCUACUUGGAGGCAAGACCCAGUCCUACAAAAGGAUGAUGCUGUGCUUGAGACCUCACAUCAGAAUUUCCGGAGAUUUCGCUACCAGGAAGCAUCAGGGCCCCGAGAGGCCCUGAGCAGACUUCGAGAGCUUUGCCAUCAGUGGCUGCGGCCAGAAAGGAGGACAAAGGAACAGAUCUUGGAUUUGCUAGUGCUGGAACAAUUUCUGACUGUUCUGCCUGGGGAACUGCAGAGCUGGGUGCGGGGGCAGCGGCCAGAGAGUGGUGAAGAAGCAGUGACGCUGGUGGAGGGUUUGCAGAAACAACCCAGGAGACCAAGGCGGUGGGUGACGGUCCAUGUGCAUGGCCAGGAAGUCCUCUCAGAGGAGACAUCAAAUCUGGGAGCAGACUCGGAGUCACCGAUCGAACAGCCGGAGCCCGUGCAUACCCUGUCCCUGGAGGAGUCGCAUGAGGAAGGGCCACAGAGCCCAGAUCUGAGUGUUGAAGAGCAGAGCCCCUGCCAUGAAGAGGAACCCCAGCCCCUCCAGGAGAGCGGUGGGGAGCCUGAUAAGCUUCCUGUUCCCCAGGACCAUGUUCUCCCUGAGGAAAGAAGUGGUGGAGACCAGGAGAUGGUUAACCUUCUUACAGCCAUAUCCCAGGGACUUGCAACUUUCAAGGAUGUGACUCUGUCCUUCUCCCAGGAGCAAUGGGGUGACCUGGAUCCAACUCAGAAAGAAUUUUAUGGAGAAUAUGUCUUACAGGAGGAUUGUGGAAUUGUAGUCUCCCUAACAUUUCCAAUCCCCAGACUAGAGGAAAUCUCCCAGGUUGAAGAGGAGGAAGAAUCUUGGGUCCCAGAUUUGGAAUAUCCCCAAGAUCCUGAAGAAACAGAGAUCCUGAGUUUUACCUAUACGGGAGAUAGGAGUGAAGAUGAGGAAUUUCUUGAACAAGAAGUCAAUAUUGAGGAUGUACAGAGAACUAUUUUGGGAAGUCCAGAAAUUCCUCAGAAUAUUGAUUUGGAACUACUCUUUGAAGAUGAGCCAAGUAGUCCUAGUGAAAGAAGAUUGAGUACAAGUUUUUCUCCAACGCAUAAUUUCACGAGCCUUCAAGAGAAUCUACAGUUCCAUCCACUAUUAGGGAGACCUCAUGAAUGUCCUGUGUGUAGAAAAACCUUCAGUUGCAACUCCCACCUUAUUAGGCAUCUCAGAACCCAUACAGGAGAGAAGCCUUAUAAAUGUUCUGAUUGUGGGAAAAGUUAUACUCGGAGCUCCCACCUUGUCAGGCAUCAGAAGAUCCACAAAUUGCAAGGACCAUUUACAUUUCCUCAUAAUAGGGACAGAUUUGAUGAAAUCUCCCAGUCACUGCAACAUGAGAUAAUCCCACAAACUGAGAAACCUUAUAGAUGUGAAACAUGUGGGAAACACUUUCGCUGGACCUCUGACCUUGUCAGACAUCGUAGAACACAUACAGGAGAGAAACCCUUCUUCUGUAGCAUUUGUGGGAAGAGUUUUAGCCAGAAGUCUGUCCUCACAACACACCAAAGAAUCCACUUGGGAGGUAAACCCUAUUUGUGUGGGGAGUGCGGGGAGGACUUCACAGACCAUAGGCGGUAUCUGGCUCACCGGAAAACCCAUUCAUCUGAGGAGCUCUUCCUCUGUAAUGAGUGUGGGAGGGGCUUCAGCCACAGUGCAGCAUUUGCCAAGCACCUUCGAGGACACGCAUCGGUACGAUCCUGCAGGUGCAGUGAGUGUGGGAAAAGUUUCAGUCGGAGGGACCAUCUUGUCAGGCAUCAGAGAACACAUACUGGCGAGAAGCCAUACACAUGCCCCACCUGUGGAAAAAGCUUUGGGAGAGGAUACCACUUGAUCAGGCAUCAGAGGACCCAUUCAGAAAAGACUCUCUCACAGGACCCAAGUACAGAGAAAGCUGAAUUCAGAAAAGAUUCCCAAACUGAGGAUGGGCUAUGAAAAAAGCCUUUCUAUCAUCUUGAAAUUUGAGCUUCUUACAAGGAGGCUCAAUGAGCAACCCAGACCUUGCCUUGCCUCUCUUUGUGUUAUUGUGCACAUGCUCUCAAUUGUCUUUGUUGCCUUUGGGGGAACAUUUUUUUCCUACUCUUCUGCCCCAGUAGGGCUUCUCCAUUGAGACAGGAAUAAGUUUUUGGGGAUAAGUUAGGAGAGUGAGAGAGUGCUAAGGAGAUGUGGUUAAGAUACCUUCCCAGGAGAGGCUGUGGUGUCUCUAAAUAUAUCUUGGCUUCCUUGAGUAAAUAAAAUGAGCCACAGGUUUACUGGGCCUCUGUGUGGCAGCAGACAGCCCUGACGGAGACAGGAUAUGUAGGGCCCUUUGACUUUGCCACAGAUUCACUGGAUGACCUUGAACAAAUAGAUCCCAUGUCCUUUUUUGUGAUUCACUUACCACAUCUCAAAGUGGAGAACAUUGUCAGUGCACUUUCCUUUGAUGGUACAGGGUGGAAUGGCAGAGAAUUCUGUUCUUUCCAAACAGACCCUCAAGUUUUAUUGUUUGAAACCCUUUGUGACUUCUCCCUUCCCAGUUGCCAAUAUGGUAAGCAGUGGUAAGAUGGAGCUGAGAAGGAGGCCUCUUACCAAUGAUGGCCUUUCUUUUCCCUCAAGUUCUCUCUCUGUUGCCACCUGUUCACACUCUUAGCUGCCUUCCUUUUCCAUCAGGUUCUUCUGGUUCUGUCCCAGGAAAUACUUCUACUACACAAAGUGAGGUGGGGGAAUAAGUAAAACAAUUAGGAUUUAAACUAAAAUUUGUAACUUCCCAUCUUUUCCUCCUACUCCCUUUUAGAUUUUAUGGGAAUUCAAGAGUAAUAAUCGUUUAGAAAAGCACCACGGUACUAAAGUUAUCUUAACUGGAAUGUCAGGGUUCACAGAGUUCAGAGUAGUUCACAUCUACCAAGUGAAGAACUAAGAGUGAACUCACAAAAUCAUUAAGGGGGGGAAAAGCCCUAGCCUUUCUGAGGUGUCUAUACAAAGCAACUUGGGGUGAGGUUAUCUACCAACAACUUGUUCCCAAUAUAUUGUAUCAUUUCAGGAAAAAAUUUCAGACAUUCUCACAUUUCCUCAACAUCUCUAGCCAGUACCAUGAAACAAUGAGAUCUCCUGUGAGAGUGGUUGGUUUUAAUUGCAUUUGUGAGUUUCUUUUUUUCCUCUUUAUUUUGUAUCAACUCCAUUUUUAUGUUAUUGACAAAACAAUAGCAGUCUCUCAGUGCUCCCAAGAUCUCUUGUUGCCGAAUGAUGGUUACUAUGGAAACAAGGCUAGUUGCCACAGCAACUCAUAGACCCAAGCUGAUCCAAUGUGGGUAUGGUAGAGAUGAGGAACUUUUUCCUAAUAUUGGAACACAAAGGCUGGGCAUGAAAGCAUGAGGGGGAAGAAGACCCUCUAUUCAAUACCUGGCUUACUCUGCUCUCCUGUGCCACCUGUGCUAUACUGAUAGAUCUUUCUGCCCUAGAGGUGAUAAAAUGGGUUGAUUAUAUCAGCCUCUCCAUCCUUAUGAAACACCUAUAUAUAAACCUGCUCCCUCCUCAUAAAGGGACUUUCAUUCAUCUCUCAGGCCUCUGUCAUGUGAAUUCUUGAACUUUCUUAGAUUCCCAGGACUUGUCAAUUUGCUUUUGAAUACUGACGUGGCUCAUUCAUAAGUGCCCGGAGUAGAAGUGACUUAAAUGUGAGUGAGCAGGAUACAAUCCCAACCCUUUGGGGAAAGAGGGCUUUCAGGAAGAUGGCCAUGUACAGAAGGAUGCUCUUUCCCCAUUCACAGGAGAUACAUUCUAGAGAUCCCUGGGAAUGAAGAAAUCCUUGAAAUCUGUACUGUACCAAUAAUAAAGAUUUCUGAAGAGAUCACUGGCAAAACUUCUCUAAGGUAUGACUGGAGGAAAUAAAAAAAUUUUAAUCCUAUUU